AGCGAUGGCGAGCAACAUGCUAGUUUAGUCGUCACUUCAGCCGGUCGUGGUGUAUCUGAUAGUACAAUUGACUACGGUAUCUUAUAGUAUAAAUAACUGACUUAACAAGGAGAGAAUAGAUCGCAAAAUGCCGGAAGGUUACACGAAAGCCACUGCCUGGCUGCAAAUCCAAAGCCUGCUGAAUAGCAUUAACCACAUGCUGAUCUUCCUGGUGGCCGCCUUCUUCUUUGUCCUGGCCCGCAGUCUGGAGUUUAAGGACACGGCCAUGCAUAUGUUCAUGACGGGCACUGGAUUCCACGUCCUUAUCGCCCAGGCCAUGAUGUCACACUCCAAAGUGAACCCGCUCACGCGCUGGCUUUCGCAUCGCAACAAGUCGCGUUUCCACGCCAUCCUGCAAAUCGUGGGCGGCUCCAUGGUCCUGCUGGGCUCCCUUGGCAAGUUUUCCAGCAAGGAGGUGCAUUUUAACACCUGGCACGGUCGUGUUGGCGGUGCCGCUGCCUUUGGCUGUGCGGCCAGCAUUGUGGGUGGUUUUGUCAACUAUUUCCAGCCCAAGUUUGCCCUGAAGGUGAUACCCCCAUCGGAGAUGCGUUUUCGCCAUAACCUUUUCGGCUUGGUCACCUUCAGUCUGGGCAUGGGUGCCAUCUACCUGGGCUACUACUCCAAGUUCUUCACUAAAUUUGUGGACAACGACUUCAUUCCCGGCAUGAUGCUGAUCACGGCGAUGGUUUAUGUCCUGACCAUCAUUGCGCCGGUUUCAUCGCUCCUAACUAAACUGAAAUACAGAUCCAAGAGGAAGGCGGAGCAGGCCCAGUAAGCGAUGCCUGGGGAGGAUGAGGCUGAGGCCAAUGAGGCUAACCGGAAACUGUCAGGUCCUAGCAUAGAAAUAAAGAGCUUGGCGUCUGGCCAAAUAGAAAUCUC